CUCAUUUGGGCAGGGCGUUGUUUACAUUCCAGUAGAUUAAGGAUUUUACCUUUUUAACAGUUUAUAACAUUAAAUUUUAAGUUUUAAUCGUACAAAAACCAGUGUGCCUUACCGAAGUCAUGACUUCCGCUAAAAUUCUACUGCCAUGCUUGCUGCUGCUGAUCGCAAUCGAGCGAGGUUCAGCAAUCUGGUGCUAUCGUUGCACCUCGGCAACACCCGGUUGCGGAGAUGAUUUCAACUGGCGAGGAAUCGGAUACCUUGGGGAUCCAUGCCCGGAAGAUGACGACAUUUGCGUUAAGGUGAUCGAACGGAAAGGAACAACCGAAACGAUCACCCGUGAUUGUCUGAGCGCCCUUCAAGGGUUCCGCACAGACAUUCCGGCCGAUAAGUACGAGGGUUGUCGGCCCCGGGCCAGGGAUGAGCAGCUGGCUCAUUACGUUAACAACUCGAUCAAACAGCUGGACGUCCGGAGGGAUUUCUUCGACGAGACGAUGUUCUGUUUCUGUUUCCUGGAUCAUCGUUGCAACGGGGUUGCCGGCAUAUAUCCCAGUGGGAAGAUUGCGCUGGCGUUGAUUGGGUUUAUGGUUGUAUUCAGAAGUUUACUUUGGAAGUGAGAGCUCACUUCCAGGAACUAAUAACGUAUCCGUCCAUUCAUAGGUAAUUUUAAGAAAACGUUGGGUCCGAAUCAGUUUUAACAAGUAAGCUAACAUAGUUUAUGACAGCGUUUACUCAAAUUCCGAUCUGAUAUAAAGUUCAAAAGUAUAA